UCUGUCAGAAGUCAGAAACCACUAAUGGUCGUCAAUCCUAGCCCAUUCGGGCUCGGAGUUUGGACUAUACUUGGCCAUCCGGAGCAAGCAAAAGAUCUGAAACAGGUAAGAAGACAGACUAGCAACGGAGUGGAUCGCAAGCCAAACAAGACCACCGAACGAGAGGAGAAGAACGCCGCGACGAGAGUGAGAGGGAGAAGAGGAGGUUUCUUGUCGGACUUGCGACGGUUGGGUUUGGAUCUUUGGGAGUUCGGAUCGGCGGUGUGCGAUGAAAUACUUGGUGGAGGUUGAGAAAGGGAGAGAAGGCGAUGGUGCUGGGCCCUCCGUCGGCCCUGCCUACCGUAACGUCUUGGCCAAGGACGGCUUCCCGUCGCCGGCCCCGGGCUUGGAGACCUGUUGGGAUGUCUUCCGGAUGUCUGUGGAGCGAAACCCCGACAACCGAAUGCUGGGCCGCCGUGAAAUUGUAGAUGGGAAGGCUGGUGAAUAUGUUUGGUUGACUUACAAAGAAGCAUAUGACAUAGUAAUAGAAUUAGGUGCAUCCAUCCGAAGUCGUGGAGUUGGACAGGGUGGUAGAUGCGGCAUUUAUGGUGUGAACUGUCCUGAAUGGAUCAUGACUAUGGAGGCUUGCAAUGCCCAUGGGAUUUACUGUGUUCCCUUGUAUGAUACUCUUGGUGCUGGAGCAAUAGAAUUUAUUAUAUGCCAUGCAGAGAUUGAAAUUGUUUUUGUGGAAGAAAAGAAAAUCAUGGAGGUGUUGAAGACCUUUCCUAAUACGGUCAAGUACCUGAGAACACUUGUAAGUUUUGGGAAAGUCACCACAGAACAAAAAGAAGAAGUUGAAAAGUUUGGUUUGACCAUAUAUUCUUGGAAUGACUUUUUACUCUUGGGCAAUAAUGAACAAUUUGAUCUCCCAGUAAACAAGAAAAGUGAUAUUUGUACUAUAAUGUACACUAGUGGAACAACUGGCGAUCCCAAGGGUGUAAUGGUAUCUAAUGACAGCAUCGUCACAUUUAUUGCUGGCGCAAAUUGUUUGCUUGGCAAUGCAAAGGCAGAGUUACAUGACAAUGACGUUUACCUUUCAUAUCUCCCUUUGGCACAUAUGUUUGAUAGAGUGAUUGAAGAGCUUUUUAUUCUUCAUGGGGCUUCAAUUGGAUUUUGGCGUGGGGAUAUCAAAUUGUUAGUUGAGGACUUGGGGGCACUGAAACCUACUAUCUUCUGUGCUGUUCCACGUGUACUUGAUCGAAUAUAUUCAGGUUUGCAAAAUAAAAUAUCUUCUGGUGGUUUCCUAAAGAAAAUUUUGUUUAAUUUUGCCUACAAAAGUAAACUGAGCAAUAUGAGUAAGGGACAGAAGCAUGAGGAGGCAGCUCCAAUAUUUGAUAAAAUUGUCUUCAGUAAGGUAAAACAAGGAUUAGGUGGAAAUGUGCGCAUUAUUCUAUCAGGAGCAGCACCUCUAGCUACCCACGUCGAAACCUUCCUGCGGGUGGUCUCCUGUGCUCAUGUUAUACAAGGCUAUGGUCUGACUGAAACUUGUGCUGGCACAUUUGUGUCAGUACCAAAUGAGUUCUCAAUGCUUGGAACUGUGGGCCCUCCUGUACCUAAUGUGGAUGUGCGCCUUGAGUCUGUUCCUGAGAUGGGUUAUGAUGCACUUUCAACCACACCUCGUGGAGAAGUCUGCAUCAGGGGAAGUACUUUGUUCUCCGGUUACUACAAGAGAGAAGACCUAACGAAAGAAGUUAUGAUUGACGGGUGGUUUCACACAGGAGAUAUUGGUGAAUGGCAACCGGAUGGAAGCUUAAAAAUUAUUGAUAGGAAGAAAAACAUUUUUAAGCUAUCACAAGGAGAGUAUGUUGCAGUAGAGAAUCUUGAGAGCAUUUAUGGUCUUGUUCCAACAAUUGACUCAAUAUGGAUUUAUGGGAAUAGCUUUGAGUCUUUCCUUGUCGCUGUGGUGAAUCCCAAUCAGCAAGCUCUUGAGCGAUGGGCUGAAGAGAAAGGGGUAACCGGAGAUUUUGCUGCUUUAUGUGAGAAUUCAAAAGCCAAAGAAUAUAUACUUGAGGAGAUAACUAAAGUUGCCAAAUCAAAGAAGCUGAAAGGCUUUGAGAUCAUUAGAGCUCUUCAUCUUGAACCCAUACCAUUUGACAUGGAUCGAGAUCUCCUAACUCCAACAUAUAAAAAGAAGCGGCCACAAAUGCUCAAGUACUACCAGAGUGUCAUAAACAGUCUGUAUGAGAGCGCCAAGUGAACAUCUGAUGAUAUGCAUGAACACUUCCGGAGACGAGCAUUGUGGUAUCCCGUUGUACUCUUAUCGUAUAUUAUCAAGUGUUUGAUGAUACAGUAACAGAUAGACUUGUCCGUUAUUUAAGACCAUUCUUUACAUUUAAUUCAAAGCAAUUUUUCUUGGUGAAAAACUA